AUGGUGCCCAUGAACGUACGUGUAGUUCUGGAGGAACGGCCGACAGAGAGCAUCAUCCCGGGACGAACAUUUCGCAAAGAGACUGUCCCCGUGCCAUCACCAAAGGAUUUGCAGGAUGGCGAGAUCCUCGUCGAGGUUUUGUUGAUUUCUAUGGAACCAGCAAUGAGAGGCUGGUUGAACGAUACAAGAUCCUAUCUUCCCCCAGUCCAAAUUGGCGAAACUAUGCGCAGCUUCUCCGCAGCUUGUGUCCUGGCCUCCAAAAGCACACAAGCCCAAGUGGGUGACAUCGUGGUAGCAGUAAGCGGCUGGACGCAGUACGCCAUCGUCCCCGAAGGCAAAUUUGAACCAGCGUCCAUUUUCCCUAAAUAUAAAAACAUCCAAGAGCUCCUAUCCACUUAUGGCUUGACGGGUAUGACUGCCUGGGCAGGAAUGACACAAAUCGGCGACCCGAAGCCGGGCGAGACGGUCGUCGUGUCCGCCGCGGCCGGCGCAACGGGCAGUAUUGCGGGACAGAUCGCGAAGAUUAAGGGUGCGCGCGUGAUUGGUAUUUGCGGCGGCGAGAAGAAGUGUAGAUAUAUCCGGGAGGAGCUUGGCUUUGACGUGGCCUUGGAUUAUAAGGCGCCUGAUUUCAGGGACAAGUUCCUGGAAGCUACGAAGGACUUUAUUGAUGUUUGUUUCGAUAAUGUUGGCUUUGAAACUCUGGACAUGUGUCUGGGCCAGGCUAAUAAGGGAGCUCGCUUCAUCCAGUGUGGCAUGGUUGCGAAGUAUAGCACCAAUGCUACGGAUGUGACUUUGACGAACUACUUCAAAGUGAUUUCUAUGAGGAUCAAGACUCAAGGGUUUGUGGUCACGGAUUAUGCUGAUAAGUGGUCAAAGGCGCGGGAGGAGAUGGCGCAGUGGGUUGAGCAGGGUCAGCUUAAGAGUGCUGUGACUGUUGUCGAUGGGGGUUUGGAUGUGGUGGAGGAAGCGCUUCUCAAGUUGUUUUCUGGGUAUAAUACGGGAAAGAUGCUUGUCAGGGUUAAGGAUGAGUCUGAACCUCCGGCAGAGUUGUGA